GGGCACACUUUGGACACCCCUGCCAUACGUCACUGCGAGUCCCACUCGCGCAACGCGCAUGUCUGUUUCAGUCUUGUUUGGUAAACAAAACACUGCAUGACCCACUCGUCGCAUUCCGCUAAUUCUGAAGCUGUUACAUAAGGCGUGACAAUGGGGAAGUCAUUCUCCCAUUUUCUCAAACAGACCGGCUACACUGUGGGUCAGGAUGGUCUUACCACACACAUGGAGGACACGCCCACUGAAGAUGGGAAAGACGGGGACGUUUCCCAGUUUCCGUAUGUGGAGUUCACGGGAAGGGACAGUGUGACGUGUCCUACAUGUCAGGGCACCGGAAGAAUCCCCAGAGGACAGGAAAAUCAACUUGUGGCAUUGAUUCCGUACAGCGACCAAAGGCUUCGCCCCAGGAGAACGAAGUUGUACGUAACGGCGUCGGUUGCGGUCUGCCUGCUGUUGUCCAGCUUGGCCGUCUUCUUCCUCUUCCCUCGAUCCAUCGACGUGACCUACGUCGGGGUGAAGUCUGUUUACGUCAGCUACGACCAAGACAAGCACAGCGUCUACCUGAACAUCACGAACACGCUCAACAUCACCAACAACAACUACUACUCAGUGGCGGUGGCCAACAUCACGGCUCAGGUGGAGUUCGUCAAUACCGUGAUUGGAAAAUCCCGUAUCAGUAACAUCACCGCCAUCGGACCUCUGGACAUGAAACAGAUUGACUAUAUGGUCCCUACUGUCAUAGCGGAUGAGAUGAGCUAUAUGUAUGACUACUGCACUCUACUAAGGAUCAAAGUACACAACAUCGUCUUGAUGAUGCAAGUGACGGUCACCACCACGUACUUCAGCCAUGCCGAGCAAGUCUCGCAGGAGAUGUACCAGUAUGUCGACUGUGGUGGGAACACCACUUCCAACGGUGGGAUGACCAAACCAUUCAGCAUUCCUCAUCCGGAAUAACACCGCCUCAUUCAUCAUCAUCAUCAUCAUCAUCAAGUAUAACGGUAACCUUAUUUGCGUCAAAAAUCUGCUUAUUUAAGCAACUUGUACAUAUUUUGUACCUAACAUGUGAAGCGUAAACUAGCUAAAUAAAUUAAAAUAUAAGUCAUUCAGAAGGCGCAUUCAAAGAGAUAUGUAGUAUUCUACACUGGUCACUAGGUGUCAGUAAUGUUACUGUGAUUAGACGGUAGCCACCGCAGGAAGUACGGCACAGAACAGGAAGAACAUCGACAAGGUACACUCCCAUUGCUAACGUGUUGGGCUUUAUUAUGUUUUAUUUAUGUCUUUAUUUUCUUUCAUUAUGUCUCCUGUAUUAUGUGAAUGUAAAUGAGACUAUAGGGGUGUUAUGUCAUGUCUAGAGGGCUCCAAUAAUGUUAAAAAAAAAGACAGAUUUACUUCAAAUUGGUUAAAAUUGGAGUUCUAAUAUUAUGUGAAUGUAAAUGAGACUAUAGGGGUGUUAUGUCAUGUCUAGAGGGCUCCAAUAAUGUUUAAAAAAAAAAGACAGAUUUACUUCAAAUUGGUUAAAAUUGGAGUUCUAAUAUUAUGUGAAUGUAAAUGAGACUAUAGGGGUGUUAUGUCAUGUCUAGAGGGCUCCAAUAAUGUUAAAAAAAAGACAGAUUUACUUCAAAUUGGUUAAAAUUGGAGUUCUAAUAUUAUGUGAAUGUAAAUGAGACUAUAGGGGUGUUAUGUCAUGUCUAGAGGGCUCCAAUAAUGUUUAAAAAAAAGACAGAUUUACUUCAAAUUGGUUAAAAUUGGAGUUCUAAUAUUAUGUGAAUGUAAAUGAGACUAUAGGGGUGUUAUGUCAUGUCUGGAGGGCUCCAAUAAUGUUUAAAAAAAAAAGACAGAUUUACUUCAAAUUGGUUAAAAUUGGAGUUCUAAUAUUAUGUGAAUGUAAAUGAGACUAUAGGGGUGUUAUGUCAUGUCUAGAGGGCUCCAAUAAUGUUAAAAAAAAAGACAGAUUUACUUCAAAUUGGUUAAAAUUGGAGUUCUAAUAUUAUGUGAAUGUAAAUGAGACUAUAGGGGUGUUAUGUCAUGUCUAGAGGGCUCCAAUAAUGUUUAAAAAAAAAAGACAGAUUUACUUCAAAUUGGUUAAAAUUGGAGUUCUAAUAUUGUGUACAAUUUGAGUUAAUGUGACUAGAAGACUUAAUUUAGUGCAUAUGUUUUGCUUGCUGUAGUAAUUAUGAAGGUUCUGGUGGUGUAUAAAUCCAAUGACGAUAAUACAUACCUACCAAUAAUGCACUUUAUAAUUAACAAUAAUUUGCACUAUUAAUAUUUUUGUUCUCUCUAAAGCUAAUUCCUUCAGCACAGUAUUGUAUAACGUUAUAGCAUGAAAACCGGGAUAAACGAUGUUUCUUUCAGUGCACUCUUUGUGAUUCAUUAAUGUGUUAUUUUUUGCAGUGGGAUUUCGUUUUCCCAAACAAAGGAGAAAAAAUAUUGCAUGCACAUUUUUUUUACCACAAUUCUAAAAUGAAGGAAUCAUAGUCUUUAAACUAUUUUAAAUACAUUUCCACUCACUAUUUUUAGACAAAAUUAAAUCUGAAAUUCUGUCACACUUGAUAUUUUCUUAUUUAUUGUUGUCAAUUGUGUUUUUUUUAAACCCCAUCCUGUGCAUUAUUUACUCAAUAAACUACAAUUUGAGGA